UUGACCCUUUGCAAAGUGAUCAUUUCCACGAACCCUUAGAUCUCAUCUCUAGUAAAAGGAUCGCCGGAGAAAAACCCUAGCUAGCAAUGGCGAGGUCUCGAUCGAGCUUUCUCCUCCUCGUCCCUCUCCUUCUCGUCGUCUCCCCAUCGCUUGCGAUCUCCGAUGGCCCUUUCAUCGUCGCCCACAAAAAGGUCAGCCUCGCCCGCCAAAAGUCCGGGAUGGAGCGCGUCUCGGUUAGUCAGGAAAAUAAUCCUGAGCCUUUCUCGGCAAUAGUAAAACAAGAAGCCAAUUGGACACCUAAAAGUUCUACUUCUAGGACGGCAUACGAUGUGACCCUCAAUGACGAUAGCUGGGGCCAUGACAGAUUUGAUAUCAUCUCUGGCAGCACCUCAGAAACAUGGGAAAGGCUUGAUGCCGGUGCCACUGUCUCACAUUCAUUUGUUCUGGAUUCCCAAGUAAAAGGCUUGUUCCAUGGCUCCCCUGCUGUUAUCAAAUUCCGUAUUCCAACAAAAGCUGCACUUCAGGAGGCAUUCUCAACCCCCAUUCAGCCACUAGAUAUUCUCGCCGACCAACCUGCAGGGAAGAAGUUUGAAUGGGCAAAGAGGUUAUUAGCGAAGUAUGGAUCACUGGUUUCAGUUCUUGGGUUUAUCGGUAUGUUCGUCUACAUGGUUGCCAGCCCGUCAAAAUCCAGCGGCGGAAAAGGAAGCAAGAAGAAGCGUUGAUCGCUUUAAGAUUCCCGCUAGUGACCAGUUUUUUUUUUUUUUUUUUUUUUUUUUUUGAAAACUGUAGUUGAGAUUUUUUCUAUGUAGAGGUUCUGAAUUAAUCUGUGAAGUGUAGUUUAGACCGUUAAAUGGCAAUAUGCUGAAAAACAUUAUUGAAGAAUCCUACACUUUUCUAUUUCA